CGUCGGUCGAGGUGCUUUGUGAUGCCUUGGCCUGUGUCAUUCCUGUAGGUGACCUGACCUGGUUCUUUGUUACACGAAUGCGUGCUGUCGUCUGACAACAUUCGGGAGCUGAAAGAAAGAAGUGAAUUUGGGAAGGUACAUCUCACAUCUGCAUCUUCACAUGGGAUUUGUUGUUCGUUGUGAGGAAGGAACUUGGUGAUCAGACGGCAAGCUUAAAACGGACUUCACCUGGUCAACUACACCCAACCGACACACGUUAGAACACCAAGAAACAAUGUCUUCGACUCCAUCCGCGCUCGGCAACGCCCUCGCCGGUGUUUCUUCAGACGCGUGGUACUCGAUCCAGGCUUUCGCAACAGACUAUUACCUUGGCCUCUCCAGCUCUACACCUCCAUCUGCAGUACAGCUCAGCGACGUCGAAGACUCGACGCUAUGGCAAUUCGUUGCUGCUGGUCCUGAUGCGAGCCGAGGCGUGUAUGCUCUGAGAUCGAAGACUUCGGAGGGGAGGUUCUGUCUCUAUGAUGGGUGUGAUGGGCCAGAGCUUUGUGUCGAGCCACCGACUGUGAGAGAAUGUGGCAAUGACGCGGCAGAGUUCCAAGUCUUCAACAGCUCGUCCGAUUCCGGCGGCCUUCUCUUCACAACAUUCUCAUCGAAUGGUCGAGCAGCACUUUCAGUUGACGCAAACAGUGCUGAAGGCGAUGUUGUCAAUACCAGCGACAUCCUCACCACAAAUCAGGACGAGGUCGGGUAUCUGUGGGCGAUUCGGAGUGAGGAGGCAGUCGAUACUGCCGCAUACCCCGCUACAUUUACCCCGACUUUCGGCACGAUUCCAACCGGCUCGCCCAAUGCAACCGCAUCAGGCUCGCCUACCAGCGCUGGGCCAUCCGCUGUCACCCAGACGACUCUAACGACGAUCACACCGAGUGCUUCGGGCGAUGUCAGCGCUGCUACCGCUGAUUCGAGCAGCGCAUCGCAGACGUCAGAUGCUCAAGGAUCUGAGACUUCAGCACCCGCUCAGCAGACUGGUUCAAGCGCCGCCCAUACCGGAAUCUCGUUCAAGUCGGUACUCCUGGGCGCGGCAUUUUCUGCGAUGAUUGGCUUGAUGAUGUAGAAGAGCAAGAAAUUGCGACAUUGAUAAGGUGAAAAUUAACGAUUAGAGAUGAGACCUGACGAGUGACGAGGCAAUCAUGAGUUUUUCGGUGGCCUUGGCCUGGCACAAGAUUGCAAAUAAUGUAAUAUAUCACAUCAGAGGUGCACACAGCUCUACG